AUAAAGCGUAAGGUUUAGUGUUCUUUAACAACCUCAACAACAACAACAAGAUUUCUACAGACUUGUUUGUUAACAACCAGAAGAAGUAUUCUUCAUAAACUUGAUCAUAAGAGAGAAGCACCAGUAUACUAGGACAACACUGGUUCAUGCCAGAAAAUGGUGGAAGUACGGGCUCAAGUGUUAGGGGGUCUUGUGCACCUAGCAGGUGACACUGUGCAGGUCUGUAUCACCAUCACUGUUCCCUCGUUAGAUCCUGCUCUUCGUGCUCAGUCCAGUGAUGUAUGUGAAGUUCUUGCAUGGGGCAGUGCACAAAUUCACUGCCAGUGUUCGGUGAAUGAGCACCGCGUACAUUUACCUGCAUCCAACCCGAAACAAGCAGAGGAGAGAGUUGUUGCUAAUGCUGAUACAUCAUUUGCUCCACAUCGAGGGGAACGUGGUCAUGUUGUUCUCUCGACCAAACCAAAAAUCCUCUUUUGUGACCUACAGUUGUUGCCUGGUGAAAGUCGAUCAUUUGUAUACAAAGAGACACUUCCCUGCGAUGCUCCUCCGACGUAUCGUGGUCAGCUGCUUAAAUACGCUUACAAGAUAACCAUUGGUACUCAGAGGCUUGGAGGACCAACUAAGCUACUUCGUGUUCCUAUCAGAGUCAUUGUACUCCAAGGGCUAAGUGAAGCUUGUAUUUAUAGUGAAAGUGGGGAUCUAGCACCCUCGAAUCCAUUUCUACAUACACCUCAUCGAGACACUCCAAGGCACACUGCUCUACAAAUUAUUCAGAAUGUUUCCACUCGGAAAAAUGUUAGCCAGUAUAAUAUAACAAAUACUCGAGGCAAGGUAGUGCGGUUCUGCAUUUACAAAACCAGCUUCAGGCUGGGAGAAGAUAUUGUAGCUACUUUCGACUUCAGCUCAGCAGAAGUUACAUGCGUACAGUACUCCGUAACACUGCAGAGUGAGGAAAUCAUUGCUGAAUCUUGCCGCCACCGUCCAUCUCAAAAACCAAUGCUCGUACCUUACAGCAAGGCUCAUGAAGUCUGUCUUAAUUUAUCUCAUACUCAUCUUUUACUACCAAUUCCUCUUCAUGUUACACCAACUUUUACUACAGAUUUAGUGAGUCUGCAGUGGCAGUACAUUUUGAGUUUGUGACAACAAUCAGGUUUAAUCCAGGAAAAGGGAGGGUAACUUCAGAUCUUCAAAUCAAGAGUCCUUCACUAUCUCACUAUCAAGGGACACUUCCCCCCUCCCCCCUCUUUGAAAGACUUUUUGCUAUAAUUUGUUGGAUGCCAGGUAUUGCCAGCAGUGUCUUCAUUGAAGAUGGGACCAUCAAAGAAAAGGGCAGACAAAGUACUGUAUUUAAGUUAUUUCAAUGAAAAUGGCAUUUGAAGUGAAUUUGAUGUGCUGUCUGAUGAACAGAAGUUAUCCAUAUAUGUUUGACAAUUACAAUAACCUAAUAAUCCUUACAGAGUGGCAUCAAGCUCCCACAUUAUAGGAGACAGUGGCAAAAUUGGCAUUGGAAUUCAUUACUUUACAUUAUUACCUGAAAAUACAAAUUGUAUGAGCAAGUCAUACCUCUAGGGCAGAUGUAAAUAUUACUGUACCUUAGAAAGACAAAUGAUAUUGUUGAUGUCUUGAUUAAACAAUACAUACUGUAUGUGCAUAUCAGGAAUGUGAUAUACAGUAUAUAUCACUGCAGUCUGUUGCAAUGUCUUUCUUGACAUUACUAACUGCACAUCAGAAGACGUUAUUUUUGCACUUUAUAUCAUGUAGUACCUCGUGUGUCAUGGUUACCCUUUACAGUAUCUGAUAACCUCCAGGCCUGAUAUCUUUUCUCAGGUAACCAAACAGUGUUAGAGUAAAUAUAAAUCUAUUAUGAAUGGUUUGAGAGUUUUACAUUAAAUGCUCUAAAAUGCUUGGGAAAUCUUGUUUUAUGAAAUUCUGUAAGGUGCUUGGGAAAUCUUGUUUUAUGAAAUAAUGUAAGGUGUUUGGUAAUUUAGUAACAGAAAAAUUUAAGAAAUUCAUGUAAGUUACAUAUUUAUAUACUGUAUAUAUUUAUAAGAGCUUUGAAUAAAUUAUCAUAUAUUGUUA